GCAUGCGUGUAAUUCUUGCCAUUGAGGCCUAUUGAGGCCUACAUGGAAGUACUGGGAUUUAUAGUUCACCUGGAACCAAUGAUGGAUCUGGACCAAACUUGGCGUGCAGACCCGAUAUUCCCAUAUUUGAAUACUGGUUCCUUUGCAAUGAUUGGACGGCUCCCCCUUAAGUCCCGCCCCCAAAUCUGGGCUCAUUCCAUAUUGGGCAGAAGCAGCAGCAGAAGGAGAUGCAGCCAGGUGCCCUGCUGCUGCCGCCCUGAGAUGACCCCUGCCUCUCCUUCUGGGUGACGGCUGUCCUCGCGUCCGUCCGUUCCUCGGCCCCGGCUCUGGCCAUGGUCCACCCGGAGGGCAAUGCGCUGCUGACGGCCGUGUGGCGUGGCCAGUUCCGCCUGACCCGCCUGCUGCUGGAGGGCGGGGCCUACAUCAACGAGGGCAACGCGGGUGGGGAGACGGCCCUGAUGGCGGCCUGCGCGGCCCCCUACGCCGACCCCCGCUGCAAGGCCCGCAUGGUGCGCUACUUGACCGCCAACGGGGCCGACCCCAACAUCCCGGACAAGGCGGGGCGCUCGGCCUUGGUCCACGCUUGCGCGUCCGGGGCGGGGGCCGAGGUGGCCCAAGUGCUGCUGGACCACGGGGCCGACCCCAGCGCCAAGGACUACUCGGGCGCCUCCGCCUUGAUCCACGCCCUCAACUACGGCGACCGGGCCACCCUGCAGGUGCUGCUGGACGCUUGCAAGGCCAAAGGCCAAGAGGUCAUCAUCAUCACGACGGACACCUCGCCCUCCGGCACCAAGAAGACCAAGCAGUACUUGAACGCCCCGCCCUCGCCGGCCUUUUGCAUGUCGCCCUCGGACGUGCGCCUGCGCGGGGUCGAGAAGGACGAAGAGCGGGACGUUUUCGACUUCGACCUCAAGCCGGACGAGACCAAGGUCGACAAGCCUCGGCCCAAGACCUUGAAGCGGCUCAAUUCGGAGCCCUGGGGCUUGGUGGCCCCGUCUGCCCAGGAGCGCUUGACCGUCGAAAUGAAUGGCUUGAGCCUCUCCAAAAGGCCGCCCCUGUCCAGGCGGCACAGCACGGAAGGUCAAGAGGUCAUGGCAGCGGGCGGAGACGAGUCAGACAGCAAUGCUUCUGGAUCGGAGCAAGGAAAGCCUUUGGAGGGUCAUCCCAGGCCAAAGCGAGAGCCAAAGUCCAGCGUGUCCCCUCUGACCUCGCCGGCCAGCGGUCAUCGGCGGGGCUCUGGGACGGCGCUGGCCCCGAACGACCCCUUCUUCGGCCCUGCCCGGCCGGGCUUCCUGCCCCCGCUCCACCUGGCCCCCCACCCCCCGCUCCGGCCCACCAAGGGCCUCUCCCCACUGGCCGCAGCAGUGGUCAGUUCUGCCUCCCCAAAGCCCAAGCGGCUCCUGCGCAGGCACUCCAUGCAGCCCGAGCAGAUGAAGCAGCUGGUCAGCUUCCGGGGACUGGACCCCGAAGACGGACCCCCCUGAGGUCAGCCAAGGCCACCUGACCCCGGGCCCUCCAGCUUGGCCCAGGCCUGGCCUAGCCCAAUGAUUCAGACUCUGCAUAUUAUUAUUAUUAUUAUUAUUAAAUUAAUCAAUCAAUCAAUCAUAGAGUUGGGAGGGCUCUCUGAAGGUCAAAUUGGCCAAUGAUUCAGACUCUGCAUAUUAUUAUUAUUAUUAUUAUUAUUAUUAUUAUUAUUUAAUCCUAGAGUUGGGAGGUCCCUCUGAAGGUCAAAAUGGCCAGUGAUUCAGACUGUUGUAAUAAUAAUAAUAAUUUUUAUUUUAUUGGAUCCUACUGUUGGGAGGGCCCGCCAAAGGUCACCUAAUCCUAUUAUUAUAAUAAUAGGACCUAGCCCAAUGAUUGAGUCUUCGAAUUAUUAUUAUUAUUAUUAUUAUUAUAGGAUCCUAAAUAUCAAAGCUUGAGUCUUUGAAUUAUUAUUAUUAUAGGAUUCUAAAUAUCAAAGCACCUUAUUAUUAUUAUUAUUAUUAUUAUUAUUAUUAUUAUUAUUAUUGGAGUCUAGAGUUGGGAGGGCUCUCCAAAGGUCAUCUAGCCCUAUUAUUUAGACUCUGUUGUAAUAAUAAUAAAAAUAAUUUUAUUAUUAUUGUUAUUAUUGGAUCCUACUGUUGGGUUGGCCCUCCAAAAGGUCACCUAGUCCUAUUACUAUAUCAUAAUAGGACCUAGCCCAAUGAUUCAGACUCUGAAUAAUAAUAAUAAUAAUAAUAAUAAUAAUUGGAGUCUAGACUUGGGAGGGCUCUCCAGAGGUCAUCUAGCCCAAUUAUUCAGACUCUGUUGUAAUAAUAAUAAUAAUUUUAUAGUUGUUAUUAUUGGAUCCUACUGUUGAGAGGGCCCUCCAAAGGUCACCUAUUAUUAUAAUAGGACCUAGCCCAAAGAUUCAGACUCUGAAUUAUUAUUAUUAUUAUAGGAUCCUAGAGUUCAAAGGGCCCCCCAAUUAUUAUGAUUAUUAUUGGAAAUAAUAAUUAUUAUUAUUGUUUCCUAGAGUUGGGAGGGCUCUCCAGAGGUCAUCUAGCCCAAUUAUUCAGACUGAAUAAUAAUAAUAAUAUCCAGUCCAACCCCCUUUCUGCUAGGAAGGAAAAGCACAAUCCGAUCCCUCCCGACAGAUGGCCGCCCAGCCUCUGAAUAGUACUAAUAAUAGGAGUAGGGACGGACCCCCCACCCCCUUUUUUGCUAGGAAGGACACGCACAAUCAAAGCAAACCCAAGAGAUGACUGAGAUAGAUUUAUGUGUGUGUUGGAAGGGACCCCCAAAGGGCAUCUAGUCCAACCCCUUCCCCUUCGGCCAUUGAAGGAAGACACAGUCCGAUCCCUCCGGACACACGGCCGCCCGGCCUCUUCCCAAAGGACUUCCAGGGAAGGCGAGGACGGGGCUCCAAAGAGGACGGGAAAUCAACACACUUCCUUCCGGCUACUUCCUCCCUACUUCCUGUUUCCCGGAGGCUGGGCAAAGCAAUAGACUACGAGGCAGCGGCCCUUGGAGCAACACUUGAAGCUUCGGGAAACACUUCCGGGACUCGGUCCCUCUCUUCCGGAGCCGCUUCCUCCACGCUUCCUUCCUCUUCCUCCUCCACUUCCUCUUCUGCCUCUUUUCAUUCUCUUCCUCUUCCCUCUCAUUUCCUUUUAUGUCUUCCUCCUUCGCUACCUCUUCCUCCUCCAUUUCCUUUUCUCUUCCAGUUCCUUUUCCAUUUCGACUUCUUCCAUAAAUUCUUUCUCAUCUGCUCCUUUUCCUUUUUUCUUCUUCCUCUUCUGCUUCCUCCCCAUUUCCGCUUCCUCCACGCCCCUUCCUCCUCCAACUUUUCCCUUUUUCUAUUUCUUCCUCCUCCACUUCCCCUUUUCUCUUCUUCCUCUUCCUUUUAAUUCCUCCUCCAACUCUGCUUCCUCUUCGUCUUCCACUUCCUUUUUCCUUUUCUCUUCCUUCUCCAAUCUUGCACUUCAUUUCCCCUCUUCUUCCUUUUCUGCUUCCACUUCCUUUUAUUUAUCUCUUCUUCCUCUUCUAAUUACCACUUCCUCCACUUCAUUUCCCCUUUUAUCUCUUCUGCUUCCUUCUCCACUUCUCCUCUUCCUCCUCGUUUUCCACUUCAUCUUCCACUUCAUUUCCUUUUAUCUGUUUCACUUCACUUCCUCCUCCAGUCUUCCACUUCCUCCUCCACUUCAUUUCCUUUUAUCUGUUCCACUUCACUUCCUCCUCCAGUCUUCCACUUCCUCCUCUUCAUUUCCCCUUUUAUCUUUCUUCUUCCUCCUUGUCUUCCACUUCCUCCUCCACUUCCUUGUCUUCCACUUCCUUGUCUUCCACUUCAUUUCCUUUUAUGUUCCACUUCACUUCCUCUUCUCUUCCUCCUCCAGUCUUCCACUUUCUCGUUUCCUCUUUUAUCUGUUCCACUUCCUCUUCUCUUCCUCUUCCAGCCGCCGCAAGAAGCACAAGAAGCAAAAACGCACAACUGUUUCCCGGAAGUUUCUAGCUUUUUUCCCUUCCCAUAGAUAUGGAAUUAUAUAGAUAUAAUAUAUAUAAAUAUAUAUUAUCAAUACAGAGCAAACAAACAAAGAUGA